UUCAGCACCGGGAACAACCCUCUCUGACAGUUUGCGCUUACUUUUGGCUUUCCUAGCGAGGCGUAAGCCAUGUCUGAGACCGCGCCAGCAGCCCCCGCUGCUCCUGCACCUGUGGAGAAGACACCUGUGAAGAAGAAGGCGAAGAAGACCGGCGCCGCCGCGGGGAAGCGCAAGGCGUCCGGACCCCCGGUGUCCGAGCUCAUCACCAAGGCUGUGGCCGCCUCCAAGGAGCGCAGCGGCGUGUCCCUGGCCGCGCUCAAGAAGGCGCUGGCGGCCGCCGGCUACGAUGUGGAGAAGAACAACAGCCGCAUCAAGCUGGGGCUCAAGAGCCUGGUGAGCAAGGGCACCCUGGUGCAGACCAAGGGCACCGGCGCCUCCGGCUCCUUCAAGCUCAACAAGAAGGCGGCUUCCGGCGAGGCCAAGCCCAAAGCCAAGAAGGCAGGCGCGGCCAAGGCUAAGAAGCCCGCGGGCGCAGCCAAGAAGCCCAAGAAGGCGACUGGGGCCGCCACACCCAAGAAAGCCGCCAAGAAGACCCCGAAGAAGGCGAAGAAGCCAGCUGCAGCUGCAGGGACCAAGAAAGUUGCCAAGAGCCCGAAAAAGGUGAAGGCAGCUAAGCCCAAGAAGGCAGCCAAGAGUCCAGCGAAGGCGAAAGCCCCCAAGCCCAAGGCCUCCAAGCCUAAGGCGGCCAAGCCGAAGCCCACCAAGGCAAAGAAGGCCGCCCCCCGUAAGAAGUAAAGUGGCGCGUCCUGCCUUAAAUCUCAAAACGG